AUGCUUGCAGCAGAUUACAUAUUUCCUCCAUCAACAAAUUUUAAAUUCAGAAUUUACGAAAUAACAGUGCUUGACUUAGAAGAAAAGGCAAAAAGUAUAUGCGGCGAUAUUGAGUUCCUUAAAAAUUCACACUUAGCACAAAUUGCGAAAGAAAAUGCAAGAAAUUUCUCGAAGUGUGACUAUUGCGAAAAAAUACGUACAGAUCCUGGCUCUAACAGUACAGAAAAUGAUGCAGCAUUUGCUUAUUUGAUGGGAAAUAAAACACUUAAUAUAUUAAAUUGGGUUCGAACGCUUCGCUCAUCAAGUUGCCGUUGCAGUAUCAUUUUUAUUGUCACACAACAAAUAUACGAAACUCACCACAAGAGUGUAUGGGGAGAUCUUCAAAAUUGCGGUGUUACUAUUCAUAUUGUCCCAUAUAACAACAUGGCAUUCUUUAGUGAUAUUAGAAUGUGCAGAAAAGUAAUUGAAUACGUAUUUGCCGCAUUCCUUGCCCCUUAUUUUGACAGAAUUAUGUUUAGUGACGUUUUUGAUACGAUUUUUCAAAAAGAUCCUUUCCAGCGUGAUGUUCCUAGAGAUAAAGUAGCUCUUUCUAUUGAAAGAGUAACUUACCAGCAUCAAAUUUGGGAAAGAAUUUUUAUGCAAGAAACUUUUUCAUAUGAUUUUGGUCAAAAACUAUUUAACUACAAUAAAUUUGUUAUCAAUAGUGGUUUUACUCUAGGAAAACCAGAAUUAAUCGAAAGAUUUUAUUAUUUGAUGGUAACAUCCGGAAGAUUUUUCCAACCAAAAGUUUUAGACCAAACAUUCUUUAAUUAUAUUAUUUAUACCAAGCAAUUUACGCAAAUUUGGGUUGAUUUCAACGCAACUUAUUACGCAUCAGCUUGUUACUCAGUUUACGAGUUGGAACCGCGUGCAGAUAGUUAUAUGUAUGAUUGGGACACGAAAACAGCUCCAGCAGUGAUUCAUCAGAUGGAUCGAAUUUGUCCUUUGACUAAUCACAUAUACAAGACCUGCCCAGCUCACAACAAGUAUUAUAAUAGUGAAUACAGAAAGAGUUAUGAACAUCAGAGGUGUAAUGCUUUAUUUAAUCCUAAUGAUCGAUCUUAUCUUGAUUCUCGCAAUGCUACUAUUGAUUUUUAA